GUUGUUGAUGCGUGGUUUGAAGAGAGGUGAUGGAUGUCCACAUGGUUCUGGGGGGUCCAGAUAACGUUCUCCUGGCCAAUAACCCUGACGCCGGAAGUGGUUGUCUGAAGCAUCCCUGUGAGGACCAGGACAGAAGCUCCAGCCCGUCUGUCCUUCGUUCUGUGACCACCACAUGGAAGGAGGGUCUGCUGAACAGGAAGAGACCAUUUGUUGGAAGAUGCUGUCACUCAUGCACACCUCUGAGUCAGGAGAGGCUAUUCAAUCCCAGCAUCCCUUCACUAGGGCUCCGUAAUGUGAUUUACAUCAAUGAAACGCACACAAGACACAGAGGUUGGCUUGCACGAAGGCUGAGCUAUGUGCUGUUUGUCUUGGAGAGAGAUGUCCGGAAGGACAUGUUUGCUCGCAAUGUGGUGGAGAACGUGCUUAACAGCAGCAGGCUGGAAAGUGCUAUCGUGGAGGUAGCAUCCGAGGGUGCUAGCGCAGAUGCGGAGUCUGGAGUGGAUUCCAAAGCUGUCAGUAAAGUUAGACGGAAGGCCAGAGGAUUCCUGCAGGAAAUGGUUGCCAACAUCUCACCUGCCUUCAUCAGAUUAACAGGAUGGGUGUUGUUGAAAUUGUUUAAUGGAUUCUUCUGGAGCAUUCAGAUCCAUAAAGGUCAGCUGGAGAUGCUGAAGAAAGCAGCAUCUGAGUACAAUGUUCCACUGGUCUUCCUUCCUGUUCACAAGUCCCACAUAGACUACCUGCUCAUCACCUUCAUCCUGUUCUGUCACAACAUCAAAGCCCCUCACAUCGCAGCCGGCAACAACCUUAACAUUCCCAUCUUGAGCACAUUAAUACGGAAACUUGGAGGAUUUUUCAUUCGUCGUAAACUGGAUGAAACGGCAGACGGGAAGAAAGAUGUGUUAUACAGAUCACUUUUACAUGCAUACACGGAAGAAUUGUUGCGGCAGCAGCAGUUUCUGGAGGUGUAUUUGGAGGGCACGCGCUCUCGAAGCGGGAAGCCGUCUCCAGCGCGUGCAGGCAUGCUCUCAAUCGUGGUUGACGCACUCUGUGCCAGCAGCAUCCCUGAUGUUCUGAUCGUGCCUGUAGGCAUCUCAUAUGACCGCAUUAUAGAAGGAAACUACAACAGCGAGCAGCUGGGCAAACCUAAGAAGAAUGAGAGUCUGUGGGGAAUUGCUUGUGGCGUGUUCAGGAUGCUCCGGAAGAAUUACGGCUGUGUGCGUGUGGAUUUCACACAGCCCUUCUCCCUGAAGGAGUACCUGGACACGCAGCGCAGUCGCCAUCUUCAGGCGUCUCUCACGCUGGAGCAAAUCCUUCUCCCCACCAUCAUCGCUGCACAACCUGAUCAGGCUGUUUUUAAUGGAGAAGAUGAGGAUCAUCUGAAUUCCUUAGACCUGUCAGAUGAGCCCUGGAGGAGGCAGGUCAUCGCUAACCUGGCCAAGCACGUUCUCUUCACCGCCAGUAAGUCUUCAGCAAUCAUGUCCACUCAUAUCGUGGCCUGUCUACUCCUGUAUCGGCACAGACAGGGUGUACUGCUGUCGAAACUGGUGGAAGAUUUCUUUAAUAUGAAAGAAGAGAUCUUGUCAAGGGACUUCGACCUGGGUUUUUCUGGGAACUCAGAGGAUGUGGUCAUGCAUGCGCUUAGCCUUCUGGGAAACUGUGUGAACGUCACCAGCACCAACAGAAACACAGAGUUCAUCAUUGCUCCCAGCAACACCGUACCUGCUCUCUUUGAGCUCAAUUUCUACAGCAACGGUCUUUUCCACGUCUUCAUUUGCGAUGCAAUAAUAGCUUGCAGCGCACUGGCCCUGCUGAGAGAGCAAUCUGCAGCUUCAGUGAGUGAGCAGAAUCCUUCAUCCACGCUGCUCAGCCAAGAGAGACUGAUCCGCAGAGCUGCAGGCCUCUCCCACUUUCUGUCCAAUGAGGUCGCAGUAGCGCUGCCUUGUCAGACUUUGUACCAGGUCUUCCAUGAUGCUGUUACCAGGUUAAUCGAGUAUGGUGUUCUCAUUGUAGCUGAGGAGGACCAGGAGGAGUUGAGCCCUUCUGAGGAGCCUUGGCCCAAGAAGUUUCCAGAGCCUCUUGCUUGGCGAAGUGAUGAAGAAGAUGAAGACAGUGACUUUGGAGAUGAACAAAGAGACCGUUACCUGAAGGUGAGCCCAUCAGCUGAGCACCAGGAAUUUUAUACUUUUCUCCAGAGGAUUCUCACUCCGGUGCUGGAGGCCUACAGUGGUGCAGCCAUCUUUGUACACAGCCUGAGUUCGCCCAUGUCAGAGAGAGAGUACACAUACAAGCUUUUCAAGUACUUGCUAACGCGCACGGAGAGAGGCAUGGCUGCAUAUGGAGAGAGUGCCACACACUACCUCGUAAAGAAUACAGUGAAAACCUUUAAAGAGCUGGGGGUGCUUAAAGAGAGACGAGAGUCUGGUGUGUGCUAUCUGGAGCUGAGUAGCGCUUUUUUACCUCAGGCCAACAGAAACAAACUCCUACAGUACAUUCUGGGUUUCAGUCUGCUGUGACACAUUAGGAGCAUCGACACAGCUGCGCGGCUUUCCACCACACUCAAGGGCUUUUUACUGGCUAAUCAUGACUGUCAAAGGUGCUACUCUAAGGAAA